AUGGUCAAGUCGUUUAAGGACUCCAUCAGGGCGGACCUACUGGACUACCAGGGUCACUUUACCAAACACGUUGAUAUGUGUGUGGAAGGUUGGUUGAAUCGUAAUGUCAUUAACCUCCUCAACAUUGCCAGGGACCUCCAGGCGACAGGCGUUGUGCCCGACACCGAGAAAACGUUUGAGAAUACAAUGAAACUCUUGAGGGUGUGCUACGACCGAACGACCAAUGUUAUUGUGUGGAACAACGUUUUUGUAUUGCUAAUACAUCGGGAAUUGAAGAACGACGAUCGCAUAGCUC